UUCUCAUCCGUUCCACGAGACGCAAGUGCCUCUCCCUUGUCUUUUGUUGCGGCGGUCAAAAAAUAGAGAUACAUCCCUCUCUCUCUCUCUCUCUCUCUCUCUCUUUUCGGUUGAUCCAAGGCUGCGCAAUUAUGGUCAGAAAGAAGACGUAGUCCCCACUCAUUCCCUCUUACAUCGCCUUCCCCACCUGUUUAUGCUCUCUCUUUUGAGGCCCUUCCUUCCUGGCAACCAACCAGGAAAGCAAAGGACUGAGGUCUCAUCUCUUCUCUUCUCUUGAUAACUCACAGUGAGAUCUCCGAGCAAGAAGUUGAUGAUCAGGAGAGAGAAGAAUCACUUAAAAAUCCAAAACAUUAGGAUAUCGGUAUUUGAUAAAUCCGCUUGUUUGAGCAUUUCAGUGAAGUUAUGAAGUACCCAACUGGCUUCUGGCCGGGCCUGUGUCGCUUCUUGUUCUUCUUGCCCUUCUUUUUCGGUUUACUUCUUCUUGGCAUUGUAAAAGGUGCAAUCCUUUGCCCCCUGAUAUGCCUUAUCAUCACAAUUGGCAACUCCGCCGUCGUCUUGGGUUUGUGGCCUGCUCAUGCCUUUUGGACCUACUAUUGCAUAAUUAGAAGCAAGCAGUUAGGACCAGUUUUAAAGGCAGGAUUAUGCGUCUGCAUUACUGUUCUCUUGGUUCUUUGGCCAUUAGUAAGUAUAAGUGGUAGCAUUCUUUGCGGUGCAGUCUAUGGGUUUUUCUCGCCGUUGGUAGCCACAUUUGAGGCUGUUGGGGAGGGCAGAACUGAUGAAUUCGUUCACUGUCUGAUUGACGGAACAUGGAGUUCUUUGAAGAGGAGCUUUACUGUAGUGAGGGAUUUUGCAGAUGUAUGCUUCCACUCGUACUUCUCAAUCAUGGAUGACCUACGCAAUCAAGAGCCUCCCGGUGGGGAGGCACUGGAUAUAAGAGUUUUUAGUCUGCCUGGAGCGGUGAUAAUUGGCCUGCUUGGUGUAAUUAUUGAUGUCCCAGUCAUAUCACUGAUAGCAAUAUAUAAAAGUCCUUUCAUGCUUAUCAAGGGCUGGCAUCGGCUGAUUCAUGACCUAGUGGGUCGGGAGGGUCCAUUCUUGGAGACAGCAUGUGUCCCUUUUGCUGGACUAGCAAUUCUCCUGUGGCCAAUAAUAGUGGUUGGAGCUGUACUCUCUUCAUUGACAUCAAGUAUUUUCUUGGGAGCUUAUGCAGCUGUUGUUACUUACCAGGAAUCAUCAGCAUUUUUUGGACUUUCUUACGUUGUGUCUUGUAUAUCUAUCUUUGACGAGUAUUGUAAUGACAUGCUUGACAUGUCUGAAGGUUCUUGUUUUCCAAGGCUUCCAUACAGAAGGAAACAAGCAUCUCAAUCUGCUCCUCCCUCCAGGCCUACGUCAUUUAACAGAAGGACCAGUGGAAGGCUUGCUUCCUCUCGUUCCAUGUCCCUUAAGAAUGCUGUUAUAGAAAUCAAACCAAUUGAACUAUUUGAUCGUAUAUUUGACGACUGUAAGCACCAUGGAGAACGUCUAGUAAAUGAAGGAGCAAUUGCAGCAAAAGAUAUUGAAGAGUGGACAUCAAGAGCAAGCCCAGCGUUGAGUAUUGGCCUGCUAGCAUAUUGUAUACUGCAAGGACUUUUGCGCUCUGCAAAAGCAAAUUGUAGUGGUUAUCUGUUGGGUGAUAAUGUCACAGAAAUAACCUCUUCAAACAGGCCUAGAGAAGUUAUAUUUGAUCGGUUCUUUGAUCCCCUAAUGACUAUUAAAGAGCAAAUAAAAGCAAUGAAUCUGUCAGAAGAGGAAGAGAGCUACUUAUGCAAACUGGUCCUAAGCAGCAUUUCUGGACAUAUCAAAGUUUGGAAUGUUGGCUCUCUGCCUGCAUCUGAUGUAAAGCAUGCUCAGGCUGAGGCACUAGCCAGAAGGCUGAAAGGAAUUGCCAAAAUGAUAUCAAGGUUUCCAACAUUCCGACGUAAAUUUGAGGAUGUUCUGAAUUCCCUUCCUCUUGAGCCUCCUAUGCAAGGAGACAAUAGAAGAUUGGUGAAUAGCUCACGAUCAAUUGUCAGAACUCGAAGCAAUUUGAGUGUCUAAUCUGAUGGGAAGCCAUCUGAAUGUAAAACAACUGUAACAAGGUGGCUAUGAUAUUGUUUAUUUUUGAAAUGCCAGUGUCAUUCUUUUCUUUGUUUGUUCAUACGCCAAUUUUAGAAGAGGUGUUGUACCAUGGGAAUUGAAUUGCUCCUCUUAAGUAUAUUGUUCUUGCUGGUAGCGUUUAGUAUUUAACAAAAGAUUGAAGACAUUGCUGCAGAAUUCUUGUUAACGUGUUAAUUCUACUCAUCGUAAUGAGCACUAUAAGUUUUUUCA